CCUUCUCGACAAUACGGAGUGUCAUUUGUAACAAAUCGGCCUUUUUUUCAUCUUUUAAAAUUUUAUCAAUCCGGAUAUUUUAUUGACCUUAACGUUUUAUGUUAGUGGGAUUGCUUUGUAACGUUGUGGUGGAUGUUAAUAUUUUUUACAAUUGUAAAUUUUUUCCAUAAAUUUUAUCCAUCAAGUGUUAUGUUGAUAGUUAGAACGGGCGAAACACUUUAUUUUAUAUACCAAUGUCAUCUCUCUAUAUGUAGAGGUUGAAAGAGGCGUGUUGUGUAAGUUUUUUCACUAUUUUUUGGUUAGAUUGUUAACUCUGAUGAAGUGUUUUUUUGUUCUCUAUAUGACUUAGUGUCCUGAUGAAGCCUGUAUCCAUGGGCGAAAGCUAGAUAUUACAAUAAAUUGCCACUUUGCUUUGAGCUUCAACAUCUUUUAUUGCUCCCUUUACGGCGAUCCAUCGAAGUUGGGGUGAUCCCAAUAAUUAACAACGUAGAUCAUGGGAUCAUUUUAUCAGAGGAUGACAAUGGAAUUUGGACCAGCUGUGGCCAGAGCACUAAAAACGGUCACCAACACUAAUAUAAGACUUGCACAUCAACGUAACAGACGCGUCUUCUUGUUAGAAUGUAGAAGAUUGCACCUUACCCCCCGAUUUUUGGAGGAUAGUACACAACAUUUUUGGAAGAUACCUCAACGACUCAACCACAAUAACACUUCACAAAUAGAAUUUUUAACUCAGAAGGUAACACAUAAAUUACAUAACAUUACUAUCUAUGACACCUGUCGAGCAAUUAAGAUGUUGGAAUCUAGACUUAGUUGGGCUGUUGAUUUCUUAAGAUGUAACAUUCCAUUUAGAGUCCUUGACGAAUUUUUAUAUACACAAAACAUUAAAUAUGACACACUAUUUAACAAGAUAAAAAAGUCUAACCUUCGAAAGUUAAAAUCAAGGAAAGCUAAUAGUAGUGAUUUAUAUACCACUGACAAUUCUAAUUGGUUCAAGAAUGUGUCCAAUAUUGAGAUUCCUGAUGAUGUUAGGGGUUUUCUUUCGCUUGGUCCUAAAUUCAGCCUUCCUGUGUCACCUCAACAUAUAGAUAUCUUUAAACUACUCUCUGAGGUAGAAAUCACUAUCCAGAACUCAGAUGAACAAAAACGAGACCUCCUGCGAACGAGGGCCACUAAUCUCAUCACUAAUUACAUUAAUUCUAGUGUUGUUACUAGUGUCGCCCCACCUACAUAUGAUAUAGAGCGUCGUACGAAACGAUUUUUAAAAGCUAAUCCUAACUUGGUUAUCACUAAAUCUGAUAAGGGUAAUGUCACGGUGGCUAUGACUAAAGAAGAUUACCUAGAAAAAUCUCUCAUAUUAUUAAAUGAUGCUAACACUUACCUACCUGUAAUAAGGGAUCCUACACAUUCAAUAGAAACGCAAUGCAAUAAUAUUAUCAAGAAAAUUAACAACCUUGGCUAUAUUGAUGAUACCACGGCUCGUAACCUCAAAACCUACAAUGGUGUCUGCCCCAAAUAUUAUGGGUUGCCGAAGAUACAUAAAGAUGGUUACCCUUUACGCCCGAUUGUUUCAUGUGUAGGUGCGUCGACGCAACCCUUAGCUAAAUUUAUCAGUCAAAUUCUUUAUAAGUCUUUUAGUAGCUUCAAUAAGUUUAGGGUUAAAGAUAGCUUUGAGUUUGCAGAGCGUAUUAAUGAGUCUAUUUUACCAUCUGAUUUUUCGCUUGUCUCGUUCGAUGUAGUGUCCUUAUUUACUCAUAUUCCAUUACAGUUAGUUGUUGAUAUUAUAGAGGAACAUUUUGACUUGGUUGAGCCCAACUGUACAUUAUCUAAGAAGGAGUUUUUGGAUACGGUAACUUUUCUAUAUAAUAAUACUUUUUUCUCAUUUGAUGGAAAAUUCUACCAACAAGUGAAGGGCCUUCCUAUGGGGGGUGCGGCCUCCCCUGUGAUUGCUGAGAUUGUUAGGAACAAAUUACUUUAUUAUGUGAUAGACAGAGUUAGUUUUGAAUUCCCCUUCAUAUAUCAAUAUUUAGGGACAAAAGAUAAUUUGACCAAAGGUCGAUCGAAAGUGCCUUUGGCCGUGUGCACUUGCACAACGCGAAUUUCCUUGUCGGUACUGGGGUACAAGCGCGUGAUGCGGCCCAGAAGCCACUUUAACGGGGGGAGGUUCUCGUCUUUAAUUAAAACCAACUGA